UAGUGUAGGGCGUUUGCCAGAAGCCUGCACUCUCGGAAAUCAGACUCAAGUGACUGGGACUCUUGAGAUCAAAGGCUUACCAUGCUUCUCCCUAGGAGGGCCAGGGACUGCUGACGUGACCACUGACUGUUAUUCGUGGCUCUUAUAAUUAACAAAAAGAAUGGACAAGCUUAAUAAAAUAACUGUACCUGCCAGUCAGAAGUUGAGGCAACUUCAAAAGAUGGUCCACGAUAUCAAGAACAAUGAAGGUGGAAUAAUGAACAAAAUCAAAAAGCUGAAAGUCAAAGCACCUCCGAGUGUUCCUCAAAGGGAUUAUGCCUCAGCAAGGCUGACUCGGGGAGAGCUGCAUUCACCAUCAGCCCCGCCUCAUGGAACUAAGGAUAGAGGAAUGAAACUUGGACUCGAAGAGAACCCUGCUGACGAAGAGGAGCAGUGGUCCGAUGACUUCGACAGCGACUACGAACACCCAGACGAACACUCGGACUCAGAGAUGUACGUGCUACCCGCCGAGGAGACUGGCGACGACAGUUACGAGCCGCCGCCUGCCGAGCAGGAGACAAGAACAGUUCACCCAGCCCUGCCCUUCGCCAGGGGCGAGUAUAUAGACAAUCGGUCAAGCCAGAGGCAGUCUCCACCCUUCAGCAAGACACUUCCUAGUAAGCCCGACUGGCCUUCGGCAAAAGCAAAAGCCAGGCUGACCUCCACUCUGCCGACCCUGACUUCUCUUCAGAAACCUCAAGUCCCACCCAAACCCAAAGAACUGGAGGAUGAGGUUGAUUACGUGGUCCCUGUGGACGAUGAAGAUGAGAACUACAUUCACCCCACAGAAGACAGUUCAUUUCCAGCUGAAAAAGCUCCCAUGGUGAAUAGAUCCAUCAAGCCAAAUAACUCCUCAAAGCCAGCCCCUCCUCCAGGGACAGCUUCAGGUCGUAAGAGCGGGGCCUGGGAUGCUAAGUCACCUUCUCCUGCUGCACCAUCCCCGCUGCCCAGGGCCGGGAAAAAACCAGCUACACCCCUGAAGACAACUUCAGUUGCCUCUCCACAGAAUGCCACAAGUGUUUGUGAAGAAAAACCUGUACCUGCUGAGCGCCACCGAACAGCUAGCCACAGACAAGAAAAUAUGCAGUCAUCAAUGUUUCCUCCUGCCCAGAAACAAAUCCAUCACAAACCCAUACCUCUGCCAAGAUUUCCAGAAGGGGGAGGCUCAACUGUGGAUGGCCUAUUUUCAUCUAACCCCCAUUUGUCAGAACAGGAAGCGGACCUUCACUGCAAGCAAUGGUACGCUGGUGCCUGCGAUCGGAAGUCUGCUGAAGAGGCUUUAUACAGAUCAAACAAGGAUGGAUCAUUUCUUAUUCGGAAAAGCUCUGGCCAUGAUUCCAAACAGCCAUAUACAUUAGUUGUAUUCUUUAAUAAGCGAGUAUAUAAUAUCCCUGUGAGAUUUAUUGAGGCAACAAAGCAGUAUGCCUUGGGCAGAAAGAAAAAUGGUGAAGAGUACUUUGGAAGUGUUGCUGAAAUUAUCAAGAAUCAUCAACAUAGCCCUCUGGUUCUUAUCGACAGUCAGAAUAAUACAAAAGAUUCAACAAGACUGAAAUAUGCAGUUAAAGUUUCAUAGAUUUUUUUGAAAAAGGUCAACAUCAUUGCUUCAGACAUUUUACUUAUUUCUAGUUUUGAGAAAAAGUCCCCAAACUUCAUAUUUUGAAUUCUGAAUCAUCCAGUAAUAGGAUAGAAGAUGGAGGCAGCUACUGAGGUGGUCAUCCAUUUCUUUAUAAGAAGCUCACAUGGACUUGUUCUAUUGCCUGACCUGAGGAACUGUGAAUAUUUGGUGAGGUUGAGUUAUCAUGCUACUAAUAUUCUCCAAAUAAACGUCUUUAUUUAAAAGAAAUAGGUGUAAAGUCUUUUUAGUCAUGUAAGAAAAUAACUCUCUAUUUUCAAAAUAAGAAAAUAAUACUCUUGGAUUAAAACAAAGCUGCUGGAAAUUUGGGUCACCACAAUGGUCACCGGUACACUAAUGUAAUGUCUACUGCCAAUGCUUGACAAUUAUGUCUUGGUUGAAAUUGUAAUGUGUAGAAAAUAAAAUAUAGAUAAUGUGCAAUAUUUAUAAGUACAGAUUAAGGGGGAUGUCCAUUUUGUGAGUGGGAAACUGCAACUAAGCCAUAGGAGAUGUAUAUAGAUAUGAACUUUCUGGAAGUUCUUGUCCACAAUUAUGUUGUUAGCUUUGCUUAUUAAAAAUAAUUAUAC